AUGAGUCAACAAGAACCACUCCUUUCGAAUGUAGAGCAUACCAUGACGCCGGUUCUGGACGAUGCUAUGUGGCUGAACGAAUACAUUGUCGGUGGAAGCUAUCACACCAGUGAUUCAAAUGUUCAGGGUGAGGUCAGGCACAUUCUGGAUUGGCAUACAACAUCGCCGCCUGCCAUUGAAGAGAAUUUGAACGCUGCUCAGAGCUCUGCCAACUGGUGUACAAAUGUUUCAGAAGGCAUUGUUACAUCCACUGUUGCUUCAAUGCCUGGUCUCGAAGGCGGUGCAGAACCUGCACCGAAGCACACCAAAGUCAAAUCGGUGAAGAGAUCCCGGAGACAUAAUAAUCACAGCCCCCUGAGACUCACGAGCCCUUCAAUCAGCUUGCGGCAUGAACGCACGGUUCCAUCGAAAAAGCGUCGAUCUUCUUUCUUGCCAGCCCAAACAGCUGCUCUACAAGAUUGGCUAAAGGCCCACAGAGAAUGCCCGUACCCUACUGCUCAGGACAGACUUCGUUUAGCCAAGUCAACUUCUCUCAGUGUGGACCAAGUCAAUCGAUGGUUCACGAACAGGAGAGCUCGUCACACUGAGCCACAUCGAUUACUUUUACCGCAAGGUCAACAGCACUUGGAAAAGAGCCCCUUAGAAGCAUAUCUGUCGUCUCCGAUGGAGAAUGAAGCAGUGGAGGAGUCGACAAUACGAAAUGCUAGUCAAAGUCCUGAAUACUACAGUCAUUGCUUCCAAAUGGGGCGAUCCGAUUCUUGUCUAUCUGCAGGGGACGUAUCAUCAUAUCUUGACCCUUCCUCAUCUUCCCACACACCGCAGAAUACAUUCUAUAACAUCCGCAAGCAAGGUCGGAAGCGACCAAUCUGGAGUCCACCUACAAUAACCGGAAGUGAAUCCAAAAGAAACAAGCCUCCACCAACAUCUGCGCCUUCGAUGUCAGUUGAAAAUGCAGAAGCAGUAUUUUGGUGUACAUUCGCUGGCUGCCAUGUACGACUCACAAGCAAGACUUGGAAACGACACGAAGAGACUAAGCACGCCCCGCGACAUCGCUGGACCUGCAUGCUACAGGGAUUCCGGGUGCAAAGUAGUUUGACAGGGUCAGCAAUUUGUGCGUUUUGUGGUCUGACUGAACCUCAAGACACUCAUGCAUUUGCAUGCAGUCGUAUAUCGGAAUGUCAGAAACGGAAAAAUUGCGAGAGGACUUUUGCACGGAAAGACCAUCUGAAGCAGCACUUGAAGAACUUCCAUCACUCCCGAUUCGAUAAGAGUAUGGAGUGCUGGAAAAUAGACGCUGACCCAUCGGAGACCCAUUGGACUUGUGGAUUCUGUGGUGAGUUGUUAUAUGGAUGGAAUGCACGUGCCCUACAUAUCAGCAAGCAUUUUCGCGAUCAGAACUGCCACAUUAAAGACUGGGACGUCGAUCGCUUCAACAAUCCCGAGUCCCAACACGCCUGUACAACCUCCUUUGUCGAUGAAACAUUCAAGUACCCAUAUCCUGCUUCAGUACCGUCCGGUUUCUCUUCCAAAACUGCACGCCCUGAUCUCUUCCUCCAUAUACCGGAUAUGAUCAACCCUACAUCUCCUUCUCCCGUCGACGCCUACCCAGAUACUAUAAUUACUCCGACCGAUCCCAUAACCUUACCUCCACCAGGUCUCCAGACUCCCCUCCGUGAACCUUCAGCCUUCAGCGACGGCAUGCAGUCACCCAGCUCAUAUCCGCAACAAUGGGCCACAACAUCUCCAACCCCCUUCAUAACUUUUACGUCCGACGAUCCGUCUGGCCAGAACAAGCGCCCUCUUGCUCAUGUCUCGCCUGUCGUUAUCCCACCGCAAGGGCUUCAGUCACGCGACUACGCUCGUCUUGAACAACGCGUCUUCGCCCUUGAAGCUGAACUUCAGCUCGUGCGCCGCCAGCAGUCACAAACCCCUGAGCCCACUUUCGCAACACUGGCUGUACCACCUCCUACAUAUGGGCCUCGUCGGCGUAGGCAUUCGAGAUCUACGAGCCAGGAGGAGAUUGGAGACGAGUUGAGAGUGUAUAAAUGUUCAGAGCCAAGCUGUCCAAGCCAGGCAGGGUUUCGAUACCCGCUACAGUUGGUUAGACAUGAGAGAGCUGCGCACCAUGAGAGGCGGUGGCAGCACAUAAUGAGGAUAGCGGAAGAUGAGGUUCCGAGAGAGUAA